AUGAAUGGGGACAGCAUUCCCCUUGUGUUGUUAGGGAGACUCCGCAGUGUUGUUUGCGGGGGGGGGGGGGGGGGUGAUUUGUUACAUUGUUCUUGUUGCCCUGUCAGUGUUGUUGGGGUGGGAAGUUCCGGCGUCCGUCUGACCCCUUUAGGGUUUUAAGAAAAUUCUCCCUCUCCCUCCCUUCACUUGGAUUCUCUCCAAAACCAACAAUUUGGAACUUCCAACAACUUCAGAGUUACUUACAUUACUCACCCCGCUUGUUUACAUAUAUUUCUCUACUCGAUAAUCUACUCAUCCGCGACAAUUUAAAUCUCCCCUGUAAGGUUCAUAUGCACUUCGGACAUCCCUGAGUAGCAACCAACACGAUUUCUCCCUCGAUUACUGCUUGCACCUUGUCCUGUUCAGCUUCAGUCUCUUUCUAAAUCAUUCGAGAUUUCUCACUGUAUGUAGCUUCGUCUCUAACUUCUCUCUUUUUCUUCCCUGUGUCCCCCUCCUCCAGAAAAACACACUCUUUUCCCGCUUACUUAGCCAUCCCCUUUUUACCCUUCCCACACACACAAUAGCGUGCAACCAACACGUCUCUCCUGUCAAAAAGGGUUACAACUAGUCAUCUCUACUCGAGAUCCAGAACCCCUAUUAAAUAUCUCAAAGCCAUCAGUUUUUAACUAUCAGGCCCUUUUCCACGAGCUUCUAACACGAGAGAUCUCCCUCUCACAUCCAACUCAUUACAAUCUUCUCCCUAUUUGUUGGGCGCCACAUUCCACACUUGCCUUGACCCUCAACCCCAUUCUUGUCUCUUCAUCAAACAUCAAUCACUUUGAACCAGAAUAAACUGGAUGCAUCGAUAAUUCCAGCUAUCUCUAAGAAUCCUCCUCAUCAUCAUAUUUCCCCCAAAUCCUGUCAACUUUGCACCCUUUUCAGUCCCGGAAGUGAGAGCCCCUGACCAAGCACUAUAUCUCCAAACAGCCUCCACAACACCAAAAUUCACCAACUAAAUAAUCCAGUCUAGGUUUCGCUACAAGGUCUACCAUUCUACAGUUUUUCAGGCCCGAAAUCAACAGGUUGUGGUUGACGUGUUUUUUGGUGUUGUCCACUGUGGGUGUUGGCUGCUGCUCCCUCCUGGGCCAAACCCCUCGGAAAAUCGUGUGACUUGGCUGGUCAAAUCUCGCUCCCCUUUCGCCCUUGCACCAACGAACGCUUGUUCCUUCUCCCGCUCCAAAUCCUCAACACCCGCCAGGCAACCCGCCGGCCGCACCACCGAUUCCCCGAGUAACCAGCUGCAGUUUUGUGGCUAGUUUGGGGAUUCCUCUCCUCCCAAGAACCCUCGUCGCGAACCGUGCAAUUUCGCAGAGAAAGCAAAUGGCUCCUAAAACCCGAUCUUCCCGCGCUACUUCCCACAACAACUCUCGCCCCUCCACUCCUCUAGAUUCGUCUUUGCCAUUCCCUUCCUCAUCCGUCUCAGAGGCGACAAGACCUAGGAAACAACGAAAAACAGCGCACAACGCGCGUGGCCCUACGGAACCGUCUCAGGAGCCCCUGUAUGGUCAGGAGACAAAGACAUCUGCACAACACCCAGAUCAGCAGCCCAGUAAUCAAUCAACAACACUAGCCGACACACAGUUACCCCCCUCACGAUGGGACGAGCCGUGGGUUGAGCCUGAAUUGCCCCCUCCAACUCCAAGCUACAAAUUCGACUCAAAGAAAGGGGAGAAGACCUAUCAUCUAGCUAGUACUACUCCGUUAGGUGUACUUCCGUCGAUCAGUAUACGUCGACGACUCGGUUUGAUACCUACUGUGAAAUCUUCUACUCCAAUUCCUGCCAAGAAAAACGGCACUAAAUCUGCAAAAUCAACACCCACUGGUGACGACAGGCCGGGAACUGCUUCGACUUCCGCGGAGGAGCCUGCGCCAUCAGAAAGUCCAUUCAUGGAGGGCGGGUUUCAACCCUUCGAGAACGGAGAUCAAGUCUUAAGCUCGACGCGCUCUAGAAUGGGGAACAACCACUCAGAAACGGAGACCGCACCCGUUAACGGUCAUCCGCAUCCACCAACACUACUUUCCACGCCGCCUACUUUGAAAUAUCCACCGGAAAAGAUUUUACAAGUUGUUGACGCCGCCAUCGCGCGCGCAGAGGAGCGUAAGGAUAUUAAAGUUGUCAAUGGCCUGCGACGCAUCAGGGAUGCGACGAGUAAAGAUCAAUUCCUCUUCGCUGUUCUGGAGGGAGUAUUCAGCAAACAGGCUGGGCCUCAUGAGAAAUCACUAUUUCAAACUGUUAUGCGAGAUGCAGUCAAAAAAGAUCGACGCGAAGCUCCCACCCACGAAGCUACUACCAUGACGCGUACCCAGUCUGCUGCUAGCACCUCGUCAUCGCUAUCCUCUGCAAAAUCUCUCGAUGCCGAAACCUUCGCCCCUACAAUGACCUCUGGUCGUGCGGCUAACUCUGUUCAUGCAAAAGGCAAAGGAGCACGAGGGUCACACGCCAAGGGAAAGACACGGUCCGUCCCCACCAGGUCUCAGUCCAUCUUCCCAUCUUUAGAAGACGCCGAGAUUCGAAAACGCAAGAGAAUAGACGAUCCAGAGUACUCGGACGAAGCCCUUGCAGCAAAGCGUUUAGCGUUGAGAAAGACCUUCAAUGACUUUCCUGUACCAGAAAGCCACAUUCGACCCUCCAGAACCCCUGCCGCCAGUUCAACGGCCUCUCCCACACCGCAGUCAGCCCCUUCAACCCGUAGCAAAAGAUCAAGAGAGACAUUCGAGUCGAGUGAAGCCGGAGAUGAAGUUGCCCCAGUAGUUCAGCAGAAACCUCCCAAGAGAACACGGAAAUCUGUAGCGCCACCGGACGAAAUCGAUAACAUAGAUUUCUGUCGCUUGUGUAACGGUAGCGGACAGCUUCUGUGCUGUGACGGGUGUAUUGACUCGUUCCAUUUCGAAUGUUUAGCACCACCCAUGGACCCAAAAUCACCCCCCGAAGGAGAGUGGUUCUGCCCUACUUGUAGGGUCAAGGGAACAAUGGGUCCCCUGAUCGAAGCGGUGGAGAACAUGCCGCCGAAGAACUACGAGCUACCACCCGAGAUCCGUGAAUUCUUCGAGGGAGCGAAAACGGGCGAAGACGGGGUAUACAAAGAAGUCCCCGUUCUUCCGAGGGGCGGUAGUCGCCCUCGAGGGAACCGCACGGGUCGUCUUGACGAACGUAACGCUUUGUUACGGCUUACUGAUGCCAAGGGAAAGCUGAUCACCUGCAUUAGGUGUGGCUUGACGUCCAACGGGCGCCGGCCAAUCAUCCAAUGCGACUACUGUCCUUGUUCGUGGCAUUUGGAUUGUCUUGACCCGCCGCGGUCCAACCCACCGCCACAGGUGCCUGGGAGCGAAAACCGGGCACUACAUUGGAAAUGCCCGAACCACAUCGAUCACGACCUGGCUAACCUGGAUGGUAUCGGGCGGGGACGUCUCGCACACAUUCGUCGCCCGCGCAACCCGAAGUUCAUCGACAUUGAGAUCAUUCCCAGCGACAGCGAGGCGGAGCACUUCGAUGAGCAAGAGAUAGCCGGUGCUGUAUAUCGUGUGUCAGAACGCGGCGUUGUGAUGGAUUUCGUCAGUCGUGUCAAACGUGAUUAUGUGGAAACCCAGGCUUUGGCAGCUAUUAAGGCCGCUGCGGUGCGAACCGUCCAGGCUACAGCUACUCCGGUGGCGCCGGAAUGUGAUACGAACGCUCAGGAUGCCAAAGACACUAUAUCCUCCAACAGUUCCGCCCAGGAAACUACCGUGGCUUCCACCGCUCAGAACCGGGGGGGAAAUACAGAUGCGGAUGCGGAUGCUGCUUUGUCUCAAUUGGCACCGGCCGAGCGCGACGCUGUCAUCGCACUCGGAGGCAUGGCGGCAGCCACUCAGCCGGCUGCUCCCGCGUAUCCUGAGCGGGCCGCACUGCUGGUCAGCCAGCUCCUUGCGAACGUUCCGGAGAGUGCUCGCAUGGACACUGACGAAAUCUCUCUCCUCCGGGCCAUCCAAGAUUCGGCCAAUCAACGCAUCCAGGCAUUGACCUCGGGCUCCGCUACUGCUUAUUAGUAUCUCUUCUCCCGCUCGUGAUCUUCGGACCACCCUGCUGCUUGAGAGGGUUGGGAACGUUGGUGCGUUAGUAGCCUUCUACUAGCUAGUACUCGCUCUCUUAUAUCCAUGGUACACCCGCCACGUGGUGUACGGACAGGUCUUCGAAUCAUUGUCCCCAGAGCUGAGGAAAGUUAGGUAGUUUAGCACCGAGUGAUACGGUCUCCGUACCCCAUGUGUUAUGAUUGCAGGUCUUGGUUAACGCAGCUGCCACCCAUGAUUGACCCGUUCAGGUUCUUGUGCUUUUUCUCGUGAUAUAGAACAUGACAUCCAGAAACCGCAUUCCAACGCGAAUCUCGGUGUUGGUGCCUCGCUUUGUUACCUUUUGUUUUUUUUUAUUCCUUCGUUCCUCGGUCCCGCGUCUCAAUGCCCUUGUGAUAGGGUGUAGUAGACACAACGAUUCUCCGCCUGUGUCCGGUAUGCGGCUAUGGUACUGGCGAUGGUUCGCUGUGAAGUUCUGGACUUUAUGUUUUUCCCUUUUUGAAAAGGGGAGGGUGAAUGAUAGCGUCUUCUGCUUUACUUCGGAACUCGCCAAUCCCGUCUUACCACAUCUCUUCCCGUGAAUGACUGCGCUAUUUCGAUGUUUUCCCGACCCCCUAGCGUUAAAUCCAUACGGCGAUCUCCCCCUCGGACAUAAGAAUCCCUCUCGCCUUCCACUGCCGCCUUCUACAAACGAAUACGUCUUCAUUUGUUAUUUUUCUUUCUAUGUCGCCCUUUUGAGCAUAUUAUUCUACUGUAUAAACUAUAUUGAGCAGAAAAGCUGUUUUUUUCAUUUUAUCUUUUCGGUUUUUCCUUUUCAAAUGCAUUGGGUCGGAGUUAAGGAAGACAUCCGCUUUUUUGUCGAACAGGAGUUUUGGUUUGACAUUUUCUUAGGUUUUCCUGUUUAUCUUGUAUCUUGCCAUUGGAGAUAUUUCUCGGAUUUCUUCUACAAAAAAGGACAUUUAUUACCCAGCGAGGGUGGGUUUGCUUGGAGUUUGGGCGUCUGAAAUUUCUGUAUUGAGACUUUGAUGAUUUUUCUUUUACCUGUCUCUCACAGAGACAUUGUUUUGGGUGAUUGAUACCCUGUACGCUCAUGUGUUUUGUCUCCUCAUCGACCCUUAUCACACUCAUCACGGGUCAACGAUUUGCCGGGUUGAAAUUGGAUCUCCGUGGUGAUCAUUGUUGCUGUAUACAUGUUCGAUUACAGAAAAUAACUACCGUUUUUGCUAUUGCUUUCGGUUGCUCUUUAUGUUCUGUACCAUCCAUCGUGUUUAACACGCUAGACAGCUACUUUUGUUGUUUGUUUCUUUGCUUUGCUUUUAUCUUCCGCUCAUGUAUGUACAGUAUAGACAGAACCACUCGAACCGAGUGUGUGUGUGAACAGAAGCCCCCGUCUUCUGGACAGAAACUUGAUAUCUUUUUUUUUUUUUUUUUUUU